AUGUCUCGAUCCAGCGGUACCACGCUGUAUGUUACUGGCUUCAGCCAUGGCACCCGCGCCCGAGACCUCGCCUACGAAUUCGAACGCUUUGCCUUUGUGGAGUACGAGGAUCGCCGUGAUGCUGAUGACGCUUACCAUGAUAUGCAUAACAAGCGCAUCGGUCGCGAUGACAUCCUAAAGAUCGAGUGGGCUCGCACUCCUCCCUCAGCAUCCUGGCGCUUCGACUCUGGCCGCGACCGUGACCGUAACCCGCGCCGCUCUCCUCGACGCCGAUCCCCGUCUCCUCGUCGUCGGGACUACUCUCCGAGAAAGGAUGAUCGCGACCGCCGCGACCGUGACUACGAUCGUGAUCGCGACCCGCGUGACCGUCGUGACACUCGCGACCGCUCGCGCUCUCCUGACACUCGCGACCGUGAUAAGGACGACCGGGAUGAUCGCGAUCGCCGUGAGAACGGCACUAAUGGCGAUGACCGAAAGACCCUGGAUAGCCCUGCCCCAGCCCACGACGACCUCGAUGUCGCUGAGUAG